GAAACAGUUCAAAACAAUACAAACGAAGAUACUAACGAAAAUCUUAAUUUCACACGUGAUGGUGAUGACGACUACAAUGUGUUUGGUACAAGUGUCAUCGACUCCGAUUCUGAAACUAAUGACUUGAACCCACAUAUAGUAUAG